CGUGUUAUUGUUCCUGCCUAUCAGUGUCAUUUCCAUUGCGAGUGUUGAAAGAGAGUGGAUAAAUUGAAGCAGGUGAGAGUGGACACGAGACACUGAGAAGGACUGCGACAGGCACCGGCAGCCCACCUGCAUUCAGCUCCACUUCUAACAGACUCCUAAGAGGAGGACAUUGCAUUAUCAAAAGGAUUGCUGACAGCUACAGAGCUGAUAAUGCAUUUGUGUCCUUAGGGAGGCAAAGUGAUGAGAAGAUAAAAGAGGAAUCAUUGGAACAAGGAGAACACUAGAGCUCAAGUUAUCAGAACAGUGAACCCUCACGAGUAAAAGAGUGGAAAACCAUAUUUCAGUGAGAUGGAGCCGAGCCCUGCGGUGUGGCACACCCAGGUGGUCCCACUGGAAACAGACCUGGAGAAGGUGAGCUCUCAUCCUGAGUGCUCCAUCUGCUUCAACACCUACGACAACGUCUUCAAAACGCCAAAACAGUUGGACUGCACUCACACCUUCUGCCUCGAGUGCCUUUCCCGCAUUAUGACCACCUCCAUGGACCUUGAAAACUCUAAAAUCUCCUGCCCCUUCUGCCGCCAUCCCACUACUAUCCCAAAAAAGGGGCCUCCGGCUUUGACCACCAGCCAGGAGGUGCUGUGUCGUCUGCCCGUCCGCCAGCAGCAAGAGGAGCCGGUGUGGCUGGAUGGGGAGAGGCUGUGCUAUCAGCGGCCAAUAGACAUUCCAGGUGUGCCAGCUUUCUGUAUCUGUGUUGAUAUUGGGGCCAGUGGACAAAGUGCUGUAUCUUCUUCCCAAACUCGACCACGACUUGGGCUUCUGGAACGGCUGAUGGAUUGGAAGAGUUUGCUGCUAUUUAUAUUCCUCAUGAUGCUGCUGUUGGGGAUUGUUCUGUGGCCCCUGCAGUGCAUCGUCACGACGGGCUCCAUGCGUUGUGCACCCCAGAACUUGCAGAUGUCUACCACCACACCUUCUUUUACCACAGUCAGUGUACAAGCAAGAUAGACAUGUCAUUAUUGGAAUCAUUAUGUCACCUUACAGAGCAUGUGAACAAGUGUGACAAAACUGACUGAUGGCUAAAUGUCUGCUUACAUUGAUCAAAACAACAUUUUUACAAAAUGAAAGCAAAAACAAUACAAAGUAUUGUCACAAAAUAUCAUUAGUAUUGUCAGUAGUGUAAUGAUGUGAAACGCAAGUCACAGCAGCUUUCAAAUCCAGUGCAUUACCAACAUGAACAUGAGUGAAAUCUGUUUUGAGAACUUUUUCCAGAUGAUCGCACAGAUUUCUAUUGAAAUGACUGGACUUGAGAACAGCACAUUUGGCUGCAGCUUAAUCCAAAGAAAGCAGAAUGUUUUUUACUUGUACAUUCAUGUAUAUAUUUUUUAUUUGAUUGUAUUAAAUCCCAUGAAGUGUAUUUUGUUUACAAAAAAUAAAGUUGCUGUAAUAAAAAAAACUGUUGCUGUAAACCACACAGGGAAGUUCAAGGAAUGGUGUCAUGGAAUGUUUUUCAGUUUUAAUAGGUACAGUAAUGAUAAAACAGAUUCACGUGGCCCUAAUUUAUCACUUCCUGCUCUGGGACGGUUAAACGAACACGCCUCAAAGAAUAACCGUCUGAAACUUAAGCCCUGCGGUGACUGGUCCUGUGAACACGUUCACACCCACGUAAACUGAUCCACUGAGUGUGUUUUGUAGGGAUGAAUUAUCAGCUUCCUACUUCCAGGUGUUUCUAUUAAAAUAAACUAAUGUUAAGUUGUUCAUUAUUAAACCCUGAAGAGAGAAGGAAAUUAUGAAGCGGGAAGGAAAUAAAAUAUGGGUCAACAACUGUUUGUUUGGAGCAAGGUGAAAUGAGUCAAAGACAAUUAGUUGAAAGUUCCCCAGUGUAUGCUUUAUUAUGCAAUAACUAGUCCUGUAUUGUCAUUUGAAAUGCAAAUCUUUACAUAAAUUGUGUCUUUCAGGGCAGAAGGCAUUUUAGGCUGAAGCAGUGCAAGAGGGAACACAGUCUUUAUCACACAAGGACAUCAGCACAACACGAUUCAGAUCAAACCUACUGAUCACCAACUGAGAUUAAAAAAACCCACCAACAUAGUAUUCAAGUAAAUUUAAAGAGAAGACUUUGAAAUUGUGAUAAUGCAAGCAGAAAGCUUUGUAACAGCUGAUGUUUUGUAUUAUAGUAGUAAUAAUAAUAAUGUUAACAUCAUCCUAAAAUAAUAUGCAAAAUGGCUGUGAAUAUUUCCAUCACUGUAUUAACAAACAAAUAAAUUGUACAAUUUACAACAAAUCAACUGACCA